AUGAAUAAAGGUGAAACUAGUGAAAUUAUUGAUGAAAAGAAAUCAACCAAUUUAAAUGGAAAUGAAGAAGAAGAGGAACAACAGCAACAACAAGAAAAAAAGGUUAGGUUAAAUAAAGCUAAUUUAAAGAAGAGUAAAAAGCCAAAGAAGCCAAAAAGAGUUCAAUUACCAAUCGACUAUAAACUUUGGCACACAGAAUGGCCAAUUGAAGUUUAUAAACAUCCAGUCAAUGGACGUUAUUUAGUAGCCACCAAGGAUAUAGAAGAGCAAACUGUAAUUUUAAGAGAUCUCCCAUAUACAUGGGCUGUAGAUCAUGCAGCAUGUGAUAUCGUAUGUCAACAUUGUUUUUUAGAAGUCCCAUUAAAUCAACAGAUUUUACCAACAGAUUUUUAUAUGUGCGAAGGAUGUAACCGUGUAGGAUAUUGUUCAAUUCAUUGUAAAUAUAUAGAUUACAACCAACAUCGUUUCGAAUGUCAAAUCUUUAAAGAAUUAGAUACCGAAGAAUACUCUCCAUUCCUUUUAUCAGAAAUCAAACUUUUAGUUAGAACUCUCUCAAGAAAAUGGCUUGAAGAAUCAAUAAACUCUUCUGCUGGUGUUGAUGAAUCUGAAAUUUCAAAAAUAAAUACAUACAAUCAAUAUAAAAAUCCCUCAUCGUUAAUACCUCAAGAUAAUGGUUUAAGAUAUAAUGACUAUGCUGAUUUGGUUUCAAAUGUAGAAAAUUAUAAUGAAUCACUUAAAGAAAGUCUUUCUUAUUGGAUUUGUAAAUAUAUUGUUAAAUUAGCUGCUAAAAUUGAUAAAGAAGAAGACGAAGAUGAAUUAUUAAAUAUUUUAUUAAGAAAUAGAUGUAAUGCAUUUUAUAUACAAGGAAGACCAAGAGAUGGUACCUCAGGUGAAUCAAGAGGUUGCGGUGUUUAUGUUAGAAAUUCAUUUUUCAAUCACUCUUGUGAUCCAAAUGUAAAUUAUUGGGUUGUUAAUAAUACUUUAGAGGUUGAAUGUACUUUAUUAAAGAAUGUUAAAGAAGGCGAAGAAUUAACCAUCUCCUAUAUCGAUACCUCUGCACCACUUAAUAAGAGAAGAGAAAAACUUUUAGAAGGUUAUUUAUUCACUUGUUUAUGUACCAAAUGUAAGGCUGAUGAACUAUUACCAUUAGAUCAAACCGGAACCAAAGAUGAUGACGAAUCCGACUCAAAUAUAAAUACAAACAAUAUUGAUAUUGAAUUAAAAGAAGAAGGUGUUCACGAAAUUUCCGAUAAGGAUGAAGAAUUAGAAGAUCUUGUUGAAGAAUAA